GAUACAAGGGAAUUAGCUCUCGUACAUUUGUGCACUCAGUUGUAUCACUUUAACGACGUUUGCUUUGAGCUUUUCUGGUUGACGCCUGCUUGUAAAGCUUUUGGUAUCAACUUAAUAAGCUCUGAAUGCGUAUUCAAACAAGAGAAGCCCUGCAACUGUCAAUCAGCUAAUCGACGUACUGUAGCCGUAACAAAGAACACAAAUAAGUUAGCCAUCUGCUUCGAAGACAUUUCAAGCAAUCCGCACAUCUGCGAAGGCAGAAGCACUCACCUAAAGGAAACACCAACAUCAUGUUUUACCAAGACCCUUUCCUGCUCUACCAACAACCGCCAUUUUGUCACGGUAGUUCGAGUGCAAGAAAUGCGCCAAGCCGUUCUUCUUUCAGGAUCGACGACAUUUUGGUCCCACGUCAACCUUUCCUUGUCCCUAAACAGCCAAGUUUUCAGGAGCCUAGAUCUUCUGUUCCAAACAACAACCCGUUAAAAUUUGGUAUGCACUCGAUUCUCACACAAAGGCAGCGAGAGGAAGUUCCAAUGUUUCAAGAUCCAAGUCCUGAAGUUUUAAGCCAACUGCCAGUGUACUUCCGCGUAAAGCCAACUUUGCGGACACCGAGUGGACGAAGAUGUCGCAAGUCGCGCACGGUUUUCACAGAUCUGCAGCUCCGUGUUUUAGAGAAAACGUUCGCGGAGCAAAAGUAUUUAGACACGUCGAACCGCGCAAAGCUUGCGCAAACGUUGGGAUUGAACGAGACGCAAGUAAAGACAUGGUUUCAAAACAGAAGGAUGAAGUGGAAGAAGGAAUCAGUUCCAGCAAAUAACCAGGAAUCCUCAACAAGUAGAAACGAAGACUCAAAUGCACCAGGAGACGAAAAAUCCGAUGAAAUCGUCACAGAGACCGGAAAAGCCUCCAUGGACAAAAAGGUAGAAUGAACAGCAAAGACAAAACUUGGAAUUAAACUUUGUAAAUAUCCGCGAGAAAUAUCAAUUUCAAUUCUAUUAGAGUCAAGACGGACAACUAUGAUAUUGGAAUUUAAUAUGUUUCAUACCGAAACUCAUAACUAUGAAUUUAUCAAAAUUAAAAACCACGGAAGAAAGUCAAGGUAGCUGCUCACGCAGAAAUAUAAUUUUCCAAAACCAGGAACUUACAUGUAUAGCAUGGACAGUUUAUUUUGAAUGUACUUGUAACUAACUGAUGUAAAUAAUACCUUGUCCCGGUGUAAAAAUUUUGCAUGGUUCUAUUCUA